AUGCCCAAACGACGGGGGAGUGAUCCUCCAGCCAGGCGCCCGGUCAAACGCCAGCGCCCAGCCAAACCAGACCAUUUAUCGUCAUUAAGCGACGAGGUCCUGCUCGAAAUACUGUCGUUUCUGCCCAUCAGCACCCUCGCUAGCUGCCAAAGACUGUCCAAGCGAUUUCAUGAUCUCGCCGGCGACUCGGAACUGUGGAAGCAAAAGUACUAUACGAGAUGGGUUCUGCCCAGAUCACGCCAGGCGCUUCGCUUCAAACAUUCAAUAAUAUCAUCCCUGGGGACUCCAUACUCGCCACGGGUCUCGAAAUGGCCCGGCCACAGCCAUCUCGCAACAGACGGCAAACGGCCCAACUGGAAGACGCAAUUCCGGCUGCGACACAACUGGUCCAAAGGCACCUGCAGGUUUGGCGCGCUAGAAGUCUCGCGACCGCCGCUGCCUCAGAUACACAUGAAGCUGUACUCUGGCGUGGUGGUUACUGCGGACGAGGAACACGGGCUGCGGGCUUGGUCGACCAAGGCGUCGCGAAAGCAACUGACAGCAUUGUCGUUUCCAAACGCAGGGGACAAGCCCACUGCGCUUUUUAUGACUCGGGGUUCUGUGGCAUCGAAUAUUGAAGUAACUGUCGGGUUCGACGAUGGACACUUUGAAAUUUACGAUUUAGAUGUUACGCUGGCGAAAUUUGUGCUCAGGUUCUCGCAGGCGUCGUCGUCUUCUUCCUCGACGGACGACGACGCCUCUAUUACUGCCAUAGCCUCGUCGCCUCCGUUUGUCCUCGCGAUAUCACAACACAAGGUCUUUUCUCUAUAUAGGCUACCGCAUUCUUCUGCCGAUGCGCCUACGCUCCUCGCUUCUUUGGAGUCGAGCAACACGUUUGCGCCCGUGUCUCUGUCGCUUCGGUGCUCGGCGUCAGAGGUGACUGCGUCAAUAGCGUAUAGCUUUUUUCACAUCAGCGGCGGCUGGACGGUGGGGAUUCAAGAGCUGCGGUUUAAUCAAGAUGGUGAACGGAUUGGGUCGCGACUGGCUAGCACAGCUGCUUUCCAAGACAGAACCCAGAUUAGUUCUGGUACGGCAUCAUCGUCUCGCAGCCGUUUAAUACGACACAUGGAAGCCCCGACAUCCAUAUCCUACUCGCACCCGUAUCUUCUGACAUCACACAACGACAACACGCUGACCAUGUACCUCGUUUCCUCGUCGGCCGACAAGCUCUCGAUCCGCACGGGGCGUCGUCUCUGGGGCCACACAUCGUCUGUUACGAGCGUGCAGGUCGGCGACCGCGGCAAAGCAGUCUCGAUCAGCCCACGUGGAAACGAGAUUCGCAUCUGGGAACUGGAAUCCGCAGUCUCUGCGCGCUUCAACAAUAACAACAACAAUAGUAAUUCGCGGACAAACUUGCGGUCAACUAUGAGGGAAGAAUCCAGUGUCCAGAUAGCCGCCGAGAAACACGCUGCAAGUGCGGCGGCUUCGGUAGAGACAACGUCUGGAGCCAUGAACUGGGGGCGCGAGAUUGUCCAGGCGGAAUGCGAGGCCCUGAUGCCUGGAAAAGUUGGGGGCUGCGUGAUGUUUGACGAGGAGCAGGUGGUGGUGCUGCGUGAGAGGGACUGCAGGACGCAGUUGCUCGAGUGCUACGACUUUACGUGA